AUGGGCAUAGAUACUUUCAAGGAAAUAGAAAAAUAUUCUGAGACUGUUGAUGACCAAAUUGUACAAGAAGAAGUCAAAAACAAUUUUAUUAAACCAAACGUUCCAGCAAUCGAUGGAUUUCCUGUGGAAAAAUCAAAAAAAUCGAUUAAAUCAACUAAGGUCAAUAGUAAUACUCUCAAAGUUCCAGAAAAUUGCAACAUAAGCUCAGAUUCAUUAUUAGAAACAAUAAGUGAUAAUGCAACUGUGUCAAAAAAUCCAAAAACAAUAAAAAUAUCAAGUAUUAAGAAUAAAGUUGUAAUAACAUCAAGUAGUACAUUUUGUGAUUUUACUAACACUGAUGGUGUAUCAUGUUAUGCUAAUUCUGUCAUACAGGUUCUUUUUAAUUAUCAAUCUCUUGUAAAUGAAAUUCGCAAUAAUCAACUCGGACCAACACUUAAACAUAGCCUACAUGAAUAUACAAGUAACAGUGGAUCAUGUGAUACUCGAACAAUCAGAGAAUAUUUGGACAAUGAGACAAUAUUAUAUACUUUGCAACUGCAACAAAAUUGUAUAGAAUUUUUAGAAGCACUUAUGGACCGUAGUAGACCUACAUUUGAAUCUUUAUUUGGAUUUCAAGAAUUGUAUACCAUUCGUUGCCAUACUUGUAAACAUACAACAGCCAACAAUGCACCUACAAGUUUGAUUCUACAUUUUGAGAUUCCACAGCACAGAUCACAAACUUUGCAAACAUUAUUUUCAACAAAUCAAAAUGUUUGGAAUACAUUAGAUGACUACAAAUUUAAUAAUUGUAAUAACAUCGGAAGUUCUGAAGAUAAAAAUCAGAUAAUAGUGGCAAAUGAGUAUAUAGUAAUUCAACUAAAACUAUUUAUUCCAACAUUUGUAAAUGGUCAAUUUGUUCCCAACAAGAUAACAGAUCUAAAACUUAGUGGCGUACCCACCUCUAUUUUGGAAAUUGCUGGAGCACAAUACAAAACUCAAGCUGCAAUAUUACAUAUGGGAGAAAACACGAGUUCUGGCCAUUACAUUGCAUACCUGAGACAAGGAACUUCCAAUUGGGUUUGCGCCAAUGACACAAUAGUUGCAGAAAAAAGAUGGCCAAACAACAGCAAAGAUGUAUAUGUUAUCAUUCUAAAAAGAAUGUAA